AUGCCUCCUGGUGGUCUCAAAGGUGAGAGUGAUCUCAGAGGCGGUGAUAGUGAUCUCAGAGGUAGUCUCAAAGAUGGUCUCAGAAGCAGUCUCAGAGGUGAUAAUGGUGGUCUCAAAGGCAGAGAUGGUUUCAGAGAUAGUGGUGGUAGUCUUAGAGACAGUGGUGGUUUCAAUGGUAGAAGUUUCAAAUAUGGUGGUAGUUUUGGAAGUAUCUGUUACAAAUAA